ACAAACAAUAAAUAACUCACUGGCAUUUGUAUAGUUAAUGUUACAUGUUGAAUUAUAAUUACACCAAGUGAACAUUACACCUGCAGCGUAAAAACACAACAAACCGAAUAUGCCGUCCGCCCGAUGCGUAAUUACGUAGAAAGCGAGCGCUCGAAAGCACCUUGGAUCACAUCAACCGCUGCAAAUGUAUUAUAUAAAAAAACAAAACACACGGUUCUAAGAAAGAGAAUACGAAAAACACUCGGAUAAACUUUCUGUUCGGCUGAUGACUCAUCUACUUCUAUCAUUUGCUAUCAACUACUUCAAUAUCUUUGCUCAGAUUACUAUUAUGUACAAGAUGUGCCUUAAACAGAAGUAAUUCAGUACUUAAGCAUGGAUGAGCGUCGUGUGGCCGACUACUUUGUGGUAGUUGGUCUAUCAGAAGAACCAGACAUUCUCGAUGACACAUCAUUGUCAGAUUCAGCACAUUUUAAGAGCGGGUAUGAUCAGGACCCAAUUACAGAUAUUGGGAUUGUUUUUCCAUCUUUGAAUGAGGUUGUGCCACAAGGGUAUGAGGUGAUUGAGAGGACACCAAGUGGGUUGAGUGCUGAUUUGAAUCAUGGAAGUCUACGAAGCAUUGAGUGUUAUUUGUGCUUUCGGAGAGGCAGGGAUAAACCACCUUUAGUUGAUAUUGGUGUUAUGUACGAGGGAAAAGAGUUCCUAAUGAAAGAUGCUGGAAAAGUUGAAGAAAGUGUCGGUGGUAGAGUAGCCAAUGUAAAUAAUUCGGCUGCAUUGACAUUCAUCACAUAUCGAAGAGGUUCACCAACGAUGCCAUGCAACGCACUUGUCGUGACGGACAUUUGCGUCGUCAUCGCCAGCAAAGGCGAAUCCCCGCCGCAUGCGUUCUGCUGCAUUAACAAAAACCUCAACAAGGGAAUCGUCGGCAGUGACGUGUUCCUCUGCUACAAAAAGUCCAUGAAUCGUUCGCGAUUAAUCACAUACAAUCCAUCCGUUAUUUCCAGGUAUCCAAUGGGUAAUUUGGAACAUUUCCCAUUCCCAGACUCCGUUCCAUUAUUCUGUUUGCCAAUGGGUGCUACAUUAGAAGUGUGGCCUGAAGAAGCAACACAACCCAAGCCUAUUUUCAGCACGUUUGUGCUUACAGUUUCCGAUGCGAAACACAAAGUCUACGGGUCAGCUGUGACUUUCUACGAGAAAUUCGCCGAUGAUGAGUUGAGUGAUGAACAAACCACCAAACUUAACUAUGAAAAAGGAAAAGGAUUUAACUUACAUGCGUCGAAAAGUAUUUGUGUGCUUUCCCACUGGCCAUUUGCAGACACAUUCAGACAGUGGUUAUAUUUUCUUUAUAAUAUGGUUGCAAAAGGUGAAGAACAAGAAAUAUCUAUCGAGAGAUAUAUUGUUCAACUUCUUGAUGAAGUACCUUUCCCUGCUCCAAGGACAUUACUGCAACUAUCAAGUGCAGAACGUGUGAUUAUGACACAACCUGAAGAUUUGCCUCUGCCGCGCAGUGCGGCUGGUUUCAAGGAUUUACUCUUCAAUCUCGGCGCGGACAAUUGUUUGCUCAUUUUAUUACUGGCACUCACCGAACAAAAGAUUUUGAUUCAUUCACUGCGUCCGGACACGCUCACCGCCGUCGCUGAAGCUCUGUCAUCGUUAUUAUUUCCUUUCAAAUGGCAGUGUCCAUACAUUCCACUUUGUCCACUAGGUUUAGUAGAAGUACUUCACGCACCUUUACCGUUUAUGAUUGGUGUGGAUUCACGUUUUUUCGAUCUGUAUGACCCGCCUCCGGAUGUAAGCUGUGUGGAUUUGGAUACCAAUAUUAUUACAGUCAGCGAAACACAGCGGCAUAUUUUAAACGUGCGAUUAUUACCGAAAAAACCAGCGAAGAUCCUCAAAACUACCCUUGAACGACUCUAUGAGAGUUUGUGUCAAAGUAAAAAGAUUGUAGACCCUCCUCCUGACCCGGAAUUGGACUUGGAAAUAGAAUUCCAAAGACGACGACGAGAACAAGCUCAAGAGUUGGAAAUUCAGGAAGCUUUCCUCAAGUUUAUGGCGCUGACGUUGAAAGGGUACAGAAAUUUCCUGUUGCCUAUUACCAGAGCGCCCACAGUGGGCACAACCGACCCGCAGGCGCUGUUUCAACUCACGGACUUUUUAAAAUCCCGGGAUAAAAACUAUCAUAAGUUUUUCACUUUAUUGAUGCACACACAGAUGUUUAUUAGGUUUAUUGAAGAGAGAAGUUUCGUAGCUGAUGGUGAUCAAGGCCUAGCGUUCUUUGAUGAAUGCACUGAGAGAUUAGCUCAGGAUGAUGAAGAUAUUCGUUUUCUUGAACCUGAUAUGGUGCAUAAAAGUGAGAGGACUGUAUUUUUAUUACCUCCUGAACCCACAAAAGAAAAUUCACAAAUUUACACCGAAUUCACUUUGAAUCCGCUCCUACUGAAAACCACGGGUAAAAAACGUGAUCAUUUAUCUUCACUGUAUCAAAACUCAAUCCCUGGUUCACCAAUGGCUCGCCGAACAAAGCACGAGAUAAAAUCUGCACAGAAACUCGCGCAGAAGUACGUGAAUCAACCAGCGUUAUGGGCGAGAUGUUUAAGCGGCACCUGUCAUACUUUAUACUUCAUGGCGCUGCCCAGUUUGUUAUCAUUGAAUGUCGGCAGGGAACGUGCUGUGUUACAACAGGCGUACGAAUUGUUAGUGAGAGCCACACAACAAAAACUGGCGUGUGAUGAAGUCUGUUAUCGAUUAAUGAUGCAACUUUGCGGUGAAUAUUCAAAACCGCUGCUUGCUGUUAAAUUAUUGCUCUUGAUGAAGCGGAAUGGGCUUCAACCGAAUGCGCUUACAUACGGGUUAUAUAAUCGUUGUGUUUUGGAAGCCGAAUGGCCCGCACAGAGUAGUUCAAGUCUUUUGCUGUGGAACAAAUUGCGUUAUGUUGUUUUGGGUGCGGCGAGGUUUCGUAGAGCUGCGAAACGUCGACAGGCAAAACGGCAAUCUGUCACAAUGGAUAGCACUUUAAAUUUGUUAGAUCCAGGCGAUCGGGUUGCUUCGAGAUCUUCUUUGGAUUCACAUGAAGCAGUACCUGUCACUGAUGGUGUGUUUGAUAAAAUCUGCACGCGAGUUGUGAGCAUUGUUAAAGGUAGUGCUAGUAAUGGUUCCGAACAAACAGAUUCGGGUGUUAGUUCAAGAGACACCGAAGGAGAUGAAGGAGAUUUUCAGGAACCCAUUGAAGAUAUCCAUAUAACUUUCACUCCGCCAGAAAGUCCCGCGGAAUACGUGCGGGUAUUAUCGAGGAGUGAAAGUGCAGGAGAUGCGUUGAUCCUUGAUAAAUUACAACAAAGUAACAAGAAGUGUUCACGCUUGCUACAAUUUGAAGAAGAAGAUGAUGGGGAGAAUCAAGAUGAAGAAAACGAUAAGAUUUCAAUUACAAAGAUUUCUCGAAUGUUAAUCACGGAAAACGAUCCUUUGGGUGCAUUUGACGAUCCACCAACACCUCCACCCAUUACACCACCCCCUGAAACCAUCAAUUUAGCACAGAGUAAUCCAUUGACGGAUGAGCCAAUUCUAUUCCGGAGUUCUGUGCACAGAUCUGCGACUUUUGAAGGAAGUCCACCAGCGCAGAACAAACUGCAUCGCUCUGAAACUGUACCUGCUGCAACAGUCGCUUCUAGUUUGGCAAGUUUGGGAUCCAGCAUCAAAAUGAGUUUCGGUCGUUAUUCACCAGCUAGAAUUUCUUUGCGCAAAUCCGAACUGAACGCUUCAAAAUAUGUGCCGCAAAAUAUCAUGGAUUAUGUUUCGAAUAAUUUUAGUCCAAGUAGUAUAACUGGAAAAAAGUCCAAUGAGCUCAUCCAAGGUGGUUUAAGCUCGCUGAAAUCCGCUGCGAAUACAAUGGCGAAGAAACUCGACGAGAUUAAAGAAGCGAUUUCAACGUCGACGACAUCCACGCCCAUCAAGGUGCAUUCCACCGAUCGUUUAGCAGCCGGUGAUGUUAUCGAACCGGAAGGUGAAUCCACAGAUGGUAGUGAAGGUGGGGACCGUCAGAGGAAAAUAUCCGCUGAGUUUGGUAGCUAUCGAGGAAGUUACGCAAAUCUUCGCGACUUUGAAGAUAUGCCAGAGUCACUAUUUCCAAUACCCACCGAAUCAACAUCAUCAAAUGAUAGCGAAAUGGAUAUUGUAAUUGCAUCAUGCUCAACCUGCCACAAUUGUUCAUCACUACUCUAUGAUGAAGAAAUAAUGGCGAAUUGGACUUCGGAUGAUUCAAAUUUGAAUUCAAUAUGUCAAGUAUGUCGUGGCUCUACGGUUCCUUUCCUAUCGAUUAGAAUCAAACCGAAAGAUGCGGAUGCAUUGGAAACGUUUAGUAUUCCUUAUCUUAACCCGCUGGUGUUGCGCAAAGAACUGGAGAAUUUGUUUGCGCGUGAGGGUGACUUAAGUCUAUCCGAGGCAAAGUUUGUCGAAGAGCAUCCGAUUAUCUACUGGAAUUUGGUUUGGGUGUUUGAGCGUAUUAACGUGCAGACACACCUGCCGAAUUUGUGUUUGAAGAGUCGCAGCGAGAGCAAAACGAGCGUUAAUGUUGAUAAGAGGGAUGAGAUUUCAGCAAGCGCAUUAGCGGAAGACUCUGGGAACAUGCAACCAGUCGAGGAAGGAACUGAUCCGCUCACACAGGAACUAGCUAUACUUGCUGUCAAGGAUGAGCCACAACAUUUAGCUGCCUCAGUCAAAGUGUAUUGUAUGUGGGAUGAUCCACGUCUACACGGCGAUAAACUCCCGUUGUACCUGCUCUAUCAGCAACGGGAUACUGCAUUCGAACAAAACAACUCGACUCGAUUCAUGCAGGGCGUCAUAAGUUCAGUGCACUGUACUGAAUUGAUGGAUCCAAUGAAGAAACUGGCGUCGGAACGUCAGAAGACGCAGGAGCAAAAGGAGCGCAACAUUUCGAUGCCAGGCAAUCGGUCCAUUUAUCGCGAGAUUCUGUUCCUUUCGUGCCAAGCUCUCGGCAGGACGCAUAUUAAUAUCAAUGCGUUCGAUAGGGAAUAUUCGGUUGCGUUUUCCCGUAUGCCCGAUGGCAACUUGAAGAUGUUCGGCCCACAGGAUUGUCCGAUCAAUGCCAAGUCGUUGUAUUGCCGUCAGUACUUCAAACCACUCAUGUUACCUUAGACAAAACACACCGCACUAAAAUUUGUGAGAGAAACAUCGAUUAAUAUUACGUUUGUUGUUUAUUCAUUCGUGGUGAUGAUUUACGAAGUGAUUUUGUGGCCUUUCGAUAUCGUGGGACGCUCACGUCGUUUAAAGAUUUUAUCAUGUUUAAUUGACGAUUUUAGAUUUAAAAGACACCGGCACGAAACUAUUUCUUGAGAGAUUUCUUGCUCUGCGUUUCUACUUAAGUUUAUGUUAAUGUUUUUAUUUAGUUGGAUUAUGAUUAUAAAGAAAUAAAUUUGACAACGUUGGUUUAAUGGAUAA